AUGGAGCUUUUAGCCGAUCUCCGUGAAAGGUACGACAGAAUCGCCCUCAGCACCAUGGAUCCGGUUAGCUCGGCCAUCUUCUUCCACCGAGAAAUAUCCUUAUUCUUUGACAAGUACGUGAACACGGGCCAGGAAUCGAUCUUUGGAAAGAUUAGCCACUACUACGCCACGGUGGAAACGAACGAGCGAGGCAGCCUCCACUUACAUGGACUCCUCUGGCUGGACGGCAACAUGCGGUUACCGAACCUGGUAGACGAUAUGGCCAAUCCUGCGGAAGAAGGAUACCGUGCCCAAGUGACCCGGUACGUAGACUCUGUCUUUCACGAGUGUUUAGAUGAAGAUGCUGGAAAAACCCUGCGACAACAGAGGAAGCCCAUCCAUCCCGUGGAGGAGGUCAUGACCAGCACCUCGGCUCUCACUGCGGCCUUCGAAGACGAAUCCAACUUCAUCGCGUACUGUUGCCAAGUGCACUCCCACACGUACACCUGCCUCAAGUAUUCUCUGAAGGGGAUCGUUGAACAGGGUGCAGAUCCACAGAGACGGACGGCCUGCCGCUUCAAAGCACCGUGGAAGAUCGUCGACGAGACAGGGUUCACAGAGGACGGCUUGCUUCAGAUCCGGCGCAACCAUCCACUCGUCAAUCGGUAUAACAAGUCAUUGGCGGUCGGCCUUCGUCAUAACCAUGACGUCUCGAUGAUCUUGACCAAAACCAAGGGCCUGGCCAUGGUGUACUACAUCACGAACUACGCCACCAAACUGGAUACGCCGAUGUGGAAACGCAUUGCUCUUGCCGCCGAGGUUGCCCGCCAACUUCGCGAAGCCGGUCGUCCGACGUCUCGCGCACCAGAUCCCACCCUGCCCGACGACAGGCAGCAGGCAGUAUUGAAUGAAAGCCGUCAAUUCCUGAUGAGAACGGCAAAUCGGAUCUUCUCCGAGCGACAACUCUCGGCCGUAGAGGUCUGUUACCAUCUCCUUGGAUAUGACACCGACUUUACCAACGUGCCGCAUUGGUCUUUCCUGAACCUGACGGCGCUCUAUUGGGCAAUCUUUCGGCUAUGGGCACAUCUCCGCCAUCAGGCCGGCGAGCUGACGGACGCUGAACAGCCCCCGGAGACAAUCCGUCUGAGGCAAGGAGGGCGAACCCUUUUAUACCUGGACGCGUACGCGUACCGGGGCCAUGUUCUACGAGACCUAUGCCUGAUUCCGACUGUGACGGCUGGAUGCAAAAGCUUCGACGGCCAGACCAGUACGCCGUCCCGAUCUUCCAAGGAUACAUCAGCGACGACCAUGAGGACGAUCACCCAGUGUAUAUUAAGCGAAAUUCGGUCCUACAUUUGGCGUUAUUCGUCCCUUGGGAAAACUUCGUUUCUGAAAGCCAAGGCGAUAUAA